AUUCGAGACGUUCACAGAGCCGCUGUGACUUGACUGUUGUUGAAACGUCUACCGGAGAGGGAAAAGUUGGUGGGGAUGCAGUCCAGCUGAGAAAACUGCUAAGAACCCGGACUCCAGACCUCGGGUCUCUGCAGCGGUACACAUGUGGACUAACUUAUCGCGUAUGAGAAGCAUCAGACUGGCGGAACGGUUCUUCAGAAAUGAUUAAUCUUGAACUAGAGAAGGAUUUUCAGCCCCCACUUUGAAGCCAAAUCCAUUAGGCCAUAUUUGUUGAAUUUUAUUCAUUCAUUGGUUUUCAUCAUUACCAUGAGUGCUCUACAACAGCUGGGAACAAUGUCUUUUUUAAUGAAAAAGAAGAAGUUUAAGUUUCAAGUCCACUUCACAUUGGAGGAGCUUACAGCUGUACCUUUUGUCAACGGAGUGCUUUUCUGCAAGAUCCGACUGAUUGAUGGUGGGGACUUUGCCACCUUGUCAUCCAGGGAGGAGGUAGAGCAGAACUGCGUUCGAUGGAGGAAGAAGUUCUCUUUCGUUUGUAAAAUGAGCGCUAAUCCGAUCACUGGAGUGUUGGACCCCUGCAUCUGCAGGGUAUCUGUACGCAAGGAGCUCAAAGGAGGAAAGGCCUUCUCAAAACUAGGUUUUGCUGAUCUCAACAUUUCAGAAUUUGCCGGUUCAGGCUCUACAGUUCGCUGCUGCAUCCUGGAGGGCUAUGACACUAAAAACACUCGACAAGACAAUUCUAUCCUUAAGGUGACGAUUGGAAUGACUCUUCUGUCUGGUGAUCCCUGCUUUAAAACGCCUAUGAGUACUGCCAAAUCUGUCUCCGUUGGGGACAAGGACCCCAACCUGCAGCUGGACUGUAAGGGUGACAGCACUGAUGCCACAGUGCAGCCACUAGGAGGCAUCAUGACAGGUCCUCGCACCUUCAAACCCAGACAGUCAUCAGUACGUAGUUCAGGGCUGCCGGAGGAGGGAGAGAGUGUGUCCAGCCCAGAUGAAGUCUUUCACACUGGUCAUUUCCGCAGUUCCAGCUAUGCUAGCCAGCACAGCAAGAUCUCAGGCUACAGCACAGCUCAUUCUCGCUGCUCAAGCCUGACUGACCUCAGUCACCAUAGGAAUGCUUCCUCCAGCAGCAGCGUCUCCUGUGGGUUCGCCCACCCCUCUCAGCUGUCACCCACCACUCCCACCGAGCCGCUCCGACAAGCAACUCUCACCAGACCGGAGAGACCUCCUCCACCCUCUGCAGCUGCCCUCAUGUCCAACAGAUCCUCCAGGAGGAAGAAGGACACUGUGGAGAGGCAGCCCAGCUGUGUGGACGACACCCGCAUUGAUGCAGACGACAUUGUGGAGAAGAUUGUCCAGAGUCAGAACUUCUCUGACAGCAGCAGUAAUGAAGACAGCAACUUGAGACUGUUUGUCAGCAAAGAUGGGACCACUGCUCUUGGUGGGACUCAGCUCACCAACAGAGGAACACCUGGUGUUUUUGAGCCAGUGGUCAUCGAAACUCACUGAGAGAUGAUCAUCAGCACGUCUCCAGCCUCAUCAAACUGGUUGUUUGUGUAUGUGCAAGUAUUCUUAUAUGUCUUCAGUGCAUACAGCUUGAAAUAAGACUACGAUGAUUUAGACAUCAAGCUAGUUCUAGUAUUCUAGUAUUUUAAUCAGGUGCUGGGAGGUGUAUAACACAUGAUUAUCAUAUAUAUUCAAAUAGUGGACAGGACUUAUAUAUAUAAAUAUAUAUAUAUAUACACACAUACACAUAUAUAUGUAUAUUUAUUUUUAUUUUAUUUUAUUUUAUUUUUUUUACCUCAAAUGAAAAAAGAACCAGAUCUUUAUGAGCAGCAAAGUAGAAUUAAUUAGAAUGAACCCAACAGCUAGUGUUAUAGUAGGUGCCUAAUGCAGUGCAAAAUAAACACUCACAAGUUUUCAGGUCAUGGACCGGUUCACAGGACUUCAGAUUUUGCUCAUUCAGCAGUGUUAUCUUUGGCACCCCUAAAACAUUGGCUGAAACGUUCACACAAUGCUCUGUUAAUUCAUUCCAAACAUCCCUUUGGAAAAGGGUCUCUGAAAGUAAUUUGUUGUGCUGCCCAUUUAUUUGCUUCGGGGUGUCAAAAAGCAGAAAACAGAAAAUAAUUCAGCAUUUUUGAGAAGAGAACACAGAGCCUGUUGUCAACAACUUCUUACCACUUUGUGGCAGUUAGCAAGCGUUUACAGUGAUAGAAUUUUUUUAGUGAAUGACUCCCCUUAGUAAUUUUUUUUAAGUGCAGCGGUUAUCGUUUUUAAACUUGCUGCUGAUGGGAUGUGAUCCUGCGAGGGACACAGGAACAAAGGACCAGAUUGAGACACACCUUGUGAAAAUUUUAGCAGUGCUGAGUUACUUGAACAAUACCCUGAAGACAUUUUGGGAAUUGUAGUGCAUCACUGAAAUAGUGGUGUGUUCAGGGGGGCCUGGGCAACUUGUAAAGUGUAAUAUGUCUGAGUUUAACACCAGGAGGUAGUACCUGAUCCGCUAACAAAAUAUGAGACAAUACAUUCUAGCAUUAGUGGAAAAACCUGAUGAUGACACUUGAUCACAUGAGGGACUGCUGGAAACAGUGCAUCAGGUUAAUAUAACUCUGUGGUGGUCGGGCUCCUAACAGGAACAACCAGAACUGUUUCUGUCUGGUGUCCAGUAUUUACAUCACACAGGUCAAACCUGGUAAGCGUGAUUUUAUCAUGUUGUCACUUUCUGACCUUACAAGCUGACAAGGACCCACUGAAUGCAGCACAAGAGCCAUCAAAGCUUCUCACUGAGGACUGCUUGUCCACCAGACUGACUGAGUCAAAAUUAGCCUGGAACUGAAGCUUUUAUGUUCUGAUCAUAUUGUGAUGCGAUGUGAUUGAUGAUAGAUGUGAUUUGGACACUGUAUAUAUGUACUUAUUAUACUAUUUUGCACAUGUGUACUCUUUGAGGAGAUCUGUUAGAAACCACUAACAUUGACAUAUGAUCAUAUUUUAAAUAUCUCUCUUCUUUUUCCAUGUUAUUAAUGUUGUUAUAGGACAAUAUGCAAUUAGGUGAAUCAGCUCAAGGCUGCUCUUAUGAGUCAGCACAAAGCCUGCGUUCAUAUGGCUGGCCAUAUGUAACUGUACAUCCUCUGCACUUACUUUUAUUCACUCUUUGAAUGUCUUGUAAAUGAAUCAAGAUUGGUAGUUUUGUUUUGUUUUGUUUUGUUUUUUUAAGAUCUAUGUCACAACUGAAGCUACACAUUAAGCACACACAGUACCUUGAAUGUUACAUUGCAACAGGCUGAGGAGAAAAGUUCUUUAGAGCUACUUUAAAUGAUUUUAGCUGUGGAACAGAAGCUGGAACCACAGCAUUGACAUAUUUUCACAUUAAAAAGUUGUUAGCAAUCUGUUGAUUAGUUACACAUCUGACAGACCCAGAACAUUUGGAGUCAUGUUUCUGUUCGUGGCCUGAUGUAUCUAAGUCUAAUAAUAAUGAUAAGUCUUGUAUUUUUAUUUUGGCCUUCACCAACCCCUGAGAAAAAUAUCUUUAGCUGCUAAAUGUUCCACUUUGCUCACCAGCUUUAGGGGCUGUCUGCUGUUAGAUACUAAGCAGGUAGUGUAGUGGGUUUAGCAAAGUUACGUCCACUAGAAGUGCUUUUUGCCACUCACGGGCUGCGAUAGUUCCUGUAAGUGUCUGACAGCACUAAGAGAAAGGAUUCCUACAGAAACAAACGUGUUUUUUUUUUUGUUUUUAUAUAAAAAAAGCUCUAUUUAACCAGAAAUACAAGUCUCACUCAGGGAGGAGUCUCACUCUGACUUCUCAUGAGAGGUGAAUUGUUGCAGGAAGUCAGUUGUGGAAAUGUGAGUCAAAGUUUGAGAGAGAAGUAAGGAGAUUCCCAAGAGGAACUGUCAACAAGAAUUUAUUUCCAAAGUCUUGGCUGAAUAUUUAACAACAAUCAACAAUCCAUAUGAGGAAACAACUGCAACAGAUCACUUCUUAAGAGAAUUUGUGAGAGUGAGACCCCCCCACCCCCCCUUUUAAGAAAAUGAUCUGUUUCUGCAGGGAUCCUUUCUUUAAUGUUGUCAGGCACUUGGAGUAACAAUCUUCGCCUGUGAGUAGUUUAAAAAAAAAAAAAAAAAAAGUGGUUGGAGUUGACCCAAAGGACAGCGCUGCAGCCAUUGCAGCCAUAUCAGCCCUGCUUACAUUCUGGCGUCACAUUGACUACGCAGUAUUUACCAAAAAGACUAAUGUCAGCCAGAACUUAUUGCACUUUGUAGUCUUAGGCAGUUUUUGCUUUGUUUUGGCGCUGCAACUGUGCCACAGGAGUGUAACUUGAAGUGGAUUAACAAGAAAUAGCUGUUUUCCAUAUCAUAGCUGAAGAGCUUGUGUAAACUCUGACUGUCCCUGUCACUUUGUGUAUGGAGAUGUUCUGCAGGGCUGCUUGUAGUGAGCUCAGUCCCACAGCUGCAGCAGCACAAAGCCCCUGUUGUACCAGGGCUGACAAUGCACAAUAGGUCCUCACCCCAAAGGAUUCAUGUUUGUGUAUCUGCAGUGUAUCUGUGCCAUGUCUGUACUGUACUGCAUGUUUGAAUGUUCCACUAAAUGCAUGCGGGCCAUGCAUAUUUGACCGAUGGGAGAAGAUGUAUGUCACAUACUGGAAUUUGUUAUUUCAGCUAUAUUCAAUUUAGCGCUAAUUAACUCUGGGUAAAUACUACUCAGUUAUACACAAAUGGUGAACAAAGGGUGUGCUGGCGAUAACGUUUCAGCUGCUUUUUAUGUGUCACAUAGGGUUUAGGAGCAACAGUUUUCCAUGGCCAUCCGUACAGUAUAUAGAGUUCAGUUCCUGCAUCAUUUCUGUAUCUUUGAACAAAUGUGCUAUUCACUCUGUCUCUUCCAAAAGCAGACAAUAUUUAUCACUUGAUGCUUAUAAAUGUAGUUCUCAGCAGUAUCUAUGUAUAUGGGGUCAGUCCCUAUGCAUAAGGAGUAUUGAGGGUUCAGCUCUAAGAACCGUGGUUACAGCUGUAACCCUCCUUCCUAUUUUCCUUUUUAUUUUCAGACCAGCAGGCUGGUCUACAGAUUUGUGCAUAUUUGUAUAGAAAAGAUAACACUGUGAUGUGAGAUGGGACUGAAAAGGUAGACGGUUGUUAUUUACAGUUCAGGGUGUGUUCAUAAGAAAAUAUGUACAGUAAAAGGACCCAGUGUGUUGGUGAUUUGUCUGCUACUGUGAUUCUGUGUACUCGACCGUGUAUAACCCUGUGGCCUUACUCAUUUCUUUUAUGCAAAAACAAAAAUGCUUUUUUUCAUGUGGUGAAAGUUUAUCUUUUUAAUUUCCUAUUAAUCUGAACAUAAUUAUGUCAUGAUUAUGUUAUCAUUUUUAUUUUCAAUAGGAGAAGGUUUUGGUGAAGAAAACAUUGAAGCUGUUUUAACUUUUACAAUUUAUUAAGUUCAAAUUAUGCCUAGCAAAUGCAAACUAUACCUGGCAAGUUAGUAAAAUAACAAUUAAAGAUAGAAAACCUUUCUCUUAAAUUAAAUAAACACCACUCAGUAUACAUUUCUGGCACAUUUUUGUUUUCUUUAAAACAACAUAUAACGUAUUUUAACUUUAAGUGCAAAUAUUUUCUCUACUUGUAUUAAAAUGUUGGGAAAUGCAUUUAAAAGUCACUCCUAGAACUGAGAUGAUUUGUUCUAUUAAUAACACAAGUGUAUGUAAAAAUGCCAAUUCAUGGAGCCAUGAAUUAUGAUUUGCAAAAGCUCGCAUACCAAAUAAAAUUGUAUCCUGGAAUCAUCA